ACCACCAAAACCAGACGGGUAAGAGCUAGUUGGAUUUUGGAAACCCCUUCUCUUUUCUCUCUCUCCAUCGCCAUUAACCCCUCCGUUAUAUUCAGGAGAAUCAUUGCUACGCUCAUAAGCGAAACUCUCUUCUUUCGCUCUCUCGCUCUCUCUCUCUUUAUCUUUUUUGUCAUGCGUUUCUUAAAAAGCUAAUUCUUGUAACUCUUCCUUUCAUUUUUUCUUUCUCUAAAUCCUUUUCUCUGAACAGAGAAAGGAGAAGGGGGGGAAAUGGCAUCGGGGUUCUCUGGGGGUGGCCCAGACUUUUACGGUGGAAUCGCAGGCAGAUCCAUGGCUAACACCGGCGGCAUGAGUAACAACCAACCCACUGCCCCGUACCGGACACAAAUUCCCGGAAUCUUCAUGGACCCGACAUCUCAGAUCGUGAACCGAGCCGCACCUAAUUUCAUCGGCAAGCGAACACUAGCGGACUUCCAAACGCAACAACACCAGAAUAACCAUCCGGGACUCAACAGUCUUUAUCUCCGUUCGGUCAAGCCCAGAACUUACCAGCACACUUCUCCGAUUUCUCCGUUAUCUCCCAUCGAUUUCUCAGCCAACUUGUCGCCAGACGUCUCGAGUAAUUUCUCGUCUUCUUCAUCUUGCAUGUCGCAGCGAUACGGUGUGCCGCUUUUACAACAACUGAGGCCGCAGCAACUUCCUCUUGGUACUACCUCCGGGACCACAAUCCAGGUUGUGAACCCUGGUUUAUCAGGCGUUCCGUACAUGAACCCGGCUCAGACACGGGUGGUCCAGCAGCAAGACCCGGAGAAGAAGAUGAUGAAUCAGCUCCAAGAGCUGGAGAAACAGCUGUUAGACGACGACAACGACGAGGAAGGAGAUGCGGUUUCGGUGAUUACCAAUACCAACAGCGAGUGGUCCGAAACUAUACAAAACUUGAUCAGUUCCAGCAGCCCUAACAACCCGAUUGCUCCAUCGCCUACUUCUUCUACUACUUCAUCGUCUUCGUCCACGUCAUCGGUGGCUUCUCCAGCUUCAACUUGUUCAAAGCAGACAAUAAUGGAGGCCGCAUCGGCUAUCUCCGAGGGCAAAACUGAUGUCGUUAACGAGAUCCUGACGCGAUUAGCCCAAGUUGCUAACUCUAAAGGGAAUUCAGAGCAGAGGUUGAUGGAGUGCAUGUUGUUGGCUCUUAAAUCCCGGGUUAACUCAGCAGAAAACCCGCCACCGGUGGCUGAGUUGUUCAGCAAGGAACACGCUGCUGCGACUCAGUUGCUUUAUGAUCUAUCUCCUUGUUUUAAGCUCGGGUUCCUGGCUGCUAAUCUGGCUAUCCUCGAUGCCACUUUGGACCAACCAAACUCUAAUAAGUUACAUGUUAUUGAUUUUGAUAUUGGGCAAGGAGGGCAGUACAUAAAUCUUCUCCACGCGCUGUCGGAGCGUGGCAGUGGGCAGCCUGUGAUGGUAAAGAUCACAGCUAUUGCUGAUAAUGCUGGGGAUGAGAGGUUGAAGAUGGUUGGCGAUAAGCUGAGUCAAAUCGCGGAGCGGUUUGGAGUUUGUUUGAAAUUUAAUGUGGUAGCGAGUCUGAAACUCAGCGAUCUGAGUCGCGAGGCGCUCGGUUGCGAACCGGACGAGCCAUUGGCCGUCAAUUUUGCGUUUAAGCUGUACCAAAUGCCCGAUGAGAGCGUAUCCGUGGAGAACCCGAGGGACGAGCUUCUACGACGCGUGAAAGGAUUAGCACCGCGCGUGGUAGCAUUAGUGGAACAGGAAAUGAACACCAAUACGGCGCCGUUCACGUCUCGGGUGGGAGAAGCGUGCGGGUAUUAUGGAGCGCUAAUUGACUCGAUUGAGUCGACCGUGUCGAGGGAUAAAGCGGAACGAGUUAAGCUCGAGGAAGGGCUGUUGCGCAAAAUUGCCAACUCAGUUGCGUGCGAGGGGAGGGACCGCGUUGAAAGAUGCGAGGUUUUUGGGAAGUGGCGGGCCCGGAUGAGCAUGGCGGGGUUCGAGUUUAAGCCACUGAGCCAAAGCGUUGCAGAGUCGAUGCGUGCUAGACUCAGUUCUGGUAAUCGGGUCAACCCGGGAUUCACCGUUAAAGAAGAAAACGGAGGGGUUAGCUUUGGUUGGAUGGGCCGAACUCUCACCGUCGCAUCUGCUUGGCGUUAACUUCACUCCUCCUCUUCUCUCUCUAAUAUUAUUAUUAAUUGUUAUUAUAUUUUUAACGUUUUCCUUAGAAGAAAAAAUAUGCAAAAAAGGGGAAAGAAAAAAAGAGCGAAAAAAUCCCACCAAACCCAAAUAAUAAAAAGGAGUGUUUGGAUUCGAGGAAAAUUCUGCGCCUGCAUUUAGUUAAUGGUUUUAAUUUUUUUUUUGGCGUGUGUGAAAGAGGUGUUCGGUAUAAUGCUGACUUGUGGUAUGGCAUGGUGUGUAGUUUGCCCUCACAUUACCAGCAGUGGAGGGCUCCACUUCGUGGAUUAUUUAUUUAAUCUUUUCGACAUUUCAUUUUAGGUAAAUUUUUAGUCGUUUGUGGAUUACGUGUUGGAAUCUGAUUGGAAUUCUCGUACAACCACAUUCUUUGCAAUGUAACGUAGUUGAGGAUUAUGGCAAUGGCAGGGCUUUCACGUGUACAUGUUUGGAUUUGA